ACUAAUUGAUGUACAGAACACCACUCUGUUUAAGAAUGUUUGGUCGUCUGCGUGCUUUUCCCAGGUGCAGGUGGACCGGAAAUACUUCUUGUCUGGUUUGUUGUAAAUUCGAAUUGUUUCGUUAUCAUGUUUGUACGAAUGAUUUUCUGUUCAACAUUGUCUGGGAUACUUUUGAGAAAUUCUUCACAAUGCCUAAGGUUGAAUUCGCGCCCAAUUUUUGAACUUCAGAUACAGGGAUGGCUGUCGUGCGAAUCAAUGUGCAGUUUUACUAACUUGUUCUUGAUUUACUGUCCAGAAUUAAGGCUAUCAAUAUCAUACUGUCCUCGUACGUAGAAUUAUUCUCAUUGCGCAGGUUCUGAAUGGACGACAAUCUACGUCCAGUGAAGAUAAUGGGACAAUGCUCGUAUGUGAUGGAGACCCGGCACGAGGCCAAAUUUGAGAUUCAGAUUGUCCGAGAACUGUCAUCCGAGUAAUCGGUCUCAAUCCGACGAGAAUGGACAACUCCGACGUCAUUGAUAAUUCAGCUCAUGAAGCUGAGGACCAGGACACAGAGGAGGAAGACAGCGACGACGAAGCUCCCGAGGCCGGACCGCGCAAUGCUGAUGCCGGAGAUGGCGUGGGGCCACGCAUCUACCUUCGAAAAGUCACAGAGCGAACAGACCACAAUCUGCCGUACUUGGGAGGAGAAAAUUUUCUAGGAGCACCCACAAUAGAACUAUUCUUCGACGAAGAGGGCCAUCCUUACCGCGAAGGAGCACGAACAGGUCCGGAAUAUGAUAACGAAGCAUUCAUUGAGAGAGAUGCACUGGGAAGAUUAGGACGAGGCAUCAUCUCCGGCAGCGGCCAAUCUCGAGACAGAUACGGCAGAUUCAUCGAUAAAGUGGGAAGCUCUUACAACAGGAGAAGAAUGAGAGAUGAAUUACGGCGUCUGAACAAACCACCGGCGAGAUAUCCAACGAAGGCGAACGGGAUAACACCACUGCAGGAUUUGGCCAACCUGAAGCUGGCUUUCAUGGACAUAUAUCUUCCACCACACAUCGAUCCAGUUGCGGAGUAUGAACGGAUCAUGGCCGGAGGAGAGGUUCGGAACUACGGGCCCGUGCGCACCCAGAGACCCAGUAAACUCCGCCGAACUGGGAAUCGGAACCAUAUGAGGGGUCCACCAGCGGCCCGCUCUCCACCCAGAGGGGACAACAUCGACUCAGAAAGCGGACCUUCGUCAGAUGAUGAAGAAGAUUUCGGUCGUCGUCCGUUGAGACCUCGUAGAUUGGAUCCUCGGCGUGCACAGCUCCCACCGGUAAUUGUGCCACCACCUCCGAGAAAUCAAUCUCCGCGAAGGGACAACCCUGUCCCAGCGGCAAGACGGCGGCGUCGAACCCGAAGACCACGUCUCGUACUGCCUGCGAGCCCGAGCCCGAGUCCGAGUCCGAGUCCGAGUUGGGAUCCCAGAGACAGCGGAGGAGCCGAUCAAACAGCAAGAGAUGAGGCCCUGAAUGCAGACGAGGUCCGAAGGGCUUUGGAAGCAGUAUUCGGACCUGCUUCGGAAGAUGGGGAUGACCGUGACUCAGCUGCCCCAGCACCCGAGCCGCUCAUUCCACACGCUCGAGUGGCACAGUCGAACCUUCACACAUCUGGACCACCAGAACAAACAGCAACAGAUGCAAGAAUCGGUCCGCUGAUUUCUCCUCGGCAACGACCUGGAACACCAACUCAAAUCGUGCCUGUCCCCUCAUAUCGUCGGGUACAAUUCGGAGGUGUCACGGUUACAGUACUUGAGCCUCCUGGUGGUAAUGAUAUUGCGCCGAGUGACUCCCAAGCACGAGGAGCACCUCGGAGUCCAACUCCGACCCCAGGAGGACAGGCCAGAGAGAAUGCUAGAAAUUCCAGAACAACUGUCUCGACUUCUGAAGAUUAUGCACUCCGUCGGCUGAAAAUGGGAGAUGUGACAGUCACGAUACUCGGAUCUUCUGAGCCGAUACAGUAUACGGAAGGUGAAUCUUUAGCACAAGGAAAUCUUCAAGAUGUACGCAGCAUGACGAUUCCACCGAACAUACAUUCUCGCCGUCAUGUUGAGCAACAGGCAAACAGACGACAGCGGAGUUCUGAAAGUGAGGGAGAGAGUCGACAAGGACGAUCUGUCAGGCAAAGAACGGCAUCUCCUCAUGUAGAACGGGAUCAUGAAGGUGAACCUAUCGAUGGACAUCGAGCACAAUGGGAUCAGCAGGAACGGGACCCAGAACCAGCCCGUCCCUCUUACUGGUCCAGCCCUGGCAGCCAAUAUGCCGACCCUGAUUUGACGGAAACCAUCCAAGAGAUGAAAAGGAUCAACUUCGGCGAGGGAAUUCGCAUCCUCGGAGAAAGUGAUCCAGAUUUUGCACCAGAACGGGGAGACAUUAUUGUUCACAAAAAGGAAAACGCUCAGCAUCAUAUGCUCGAAUAUUAUGACCCAGAUGAAUUUACAGGAUUAUUCCAUGCCGGGGACAAAUUAGUGCGGAUCACGUAUAGCAGUGUAUUUCGCGGCGGAAGGUGGCUUUUAAGGGUUUAUGCUGAGCUACACGUUUGCACCGGCCAUCAAGGUACUCCAGAGGCAACAUGGGUCUACAUCGGGAGGGCUGUGCACCUGAUGCCACGAAUGCCUGUUGAUGAUCCCUGAAACAGCACUCUCGUUCCCACUCAAAGAUGAAUGAAUGAAGGUUUCCCUCUGACCUCUCAUGCAGUCUUCAGAAUCUGCAUCGACGCUCACUUCCAAGAGCACAGCAUCGGCUGACCACCAGAUCUAUGUAAAUGUGGUAAGGCAAUGUGAGCUUAUUGGUGUUCCGAGCGAGGGACCUCCACGUGAUGUUAUUGUUGUUUCUAGCAGAAGCAGCUCGUAAAGUGAAGUUAAUGUGCAUGAUUGACUUUCACAGAAUGUCGCAGGAACAGUACGCUCUCGCACUAAGAUUUCAUCACAUCAUCUUACCGGUAAUAUUCGAUCCGGAGUAAGGCUGCAUGAUCUUAGCGACUUUAAGAAGAAAGAUAUAGCUGACUUUAAGCGUUCAAUAUAAUCAUUCAAUAUAAUCGUCCCCUAAAGAAAUUACCU